AAGAGCAUCAUACACAGCCCCGUUCACCCACACCAAAAAAACACUACCCCCUCUAUCUGCUGUCGCCCAAUCGCAGCCCAAUCUUAUUCCCCAAUGGCUUCAAUGCCUCUACCACCGCCACCCUUAGCCACAGCGGCCUCCCAACACCGCCACCACACUCUUCCCCUCCUGCUUCCCGCCGCCGCCGCCGCCGCCUUCACUUCGGCUGUCCUCCUCCUCCUCCUCUUUUUCCUUUACUUCCACUUAUCCCACCGCCGCCGCUCCCCAACUCUCCCCUUAUCAUCUUCUCCUUCUUCUUCACCCACCCUCCGCCGCUUCUCCUUCCGUUCCCUCCGCUCCGCCACACUCCAUUUCGACCCUUCCCGAUCCCUCGGCCGCGGUGCCUCGGCCGCUGUUUUCCGCGGCAUUCUCCCCGACGGAAAGUCCGUCGCCAUCAAACGCCUCAACCCAUCCUUCCCUGACCGCGACUUCCAGAACGAACUAAAAGUGCUGGCCGAUUUGCCUCACUCACCCUUCAUCGUCUCCCUCCUCGGAUACUGCAACCGCCGACCCCAUUACCUUCUUGUCUACGAGUACAUGAGUAAUGGAAGUCUCCAAGAAGCUCUUUUCGGUUCUUCUCACCCCUUAAUUGAUUGGGAACGCCGGUUUCGAAUCAUCCUCGAUAUCGCUAAAGCUCUGGCCUUUCUCCAUCUCCAAUGCGAUCCUCCUGUUAUCCAUGGCGAUGUGAAGCCAGCCAAUGUUCUUCUAGGCUCCGAUUUCCAGGCGAAGCUGGCUGAUUUUGGGCUUUCCAGGCGGAAAACUGAUAUCUUUAGCCAUGAACUAUGCUUGAGCCCACAGGUUGAUCUUUCCCUCCCCUUUCAUUCACCGAAUCAUGAGAAGAAGGCGAGUUUAAAGGGGAAGGAUUUAGUAUCAAAUCCUGGUUGUGAUGUUGAGGUUGGUUUUGUGGAUAAAUUCAGUGAAUUGGGAGGGAGUUCUCCAUUGAAUGAUGGGAGGAUUGAUUGGUGGUGGAAGCAGGAUGAGAGUGAGGAGCUUAGUAGUAGAGAUUAUGUCAGAGAGUGGAUUGGGAACCAGAUUUGUCCUUCGAAGAACCCUGAUUGGGAUGAUGAUAGAAAGAGCUCACCCGAGUUAAGAAGCUCUAGUCAAAUGGAGAUAUUUGAACAAAAAAGCUUGGAUGAAACUGUUUUUACAGACAUUGAUGCUCAGACUCAGAACAAGAAGCUGAAGACUAAUGUCGAAGCUCGAUGUGAUAAGGAGAGGAAGAUGAGAGAAUGGUGGAAAGAAGAGUACUUUGCUGAGAUUAGUAAGAGAGGUAAAAACUGUAAGGGGUUGAAGUGGUUCAGAAACAACAAAUUGGGAGAAAUGGAUAUAAGCUUCAGGAAGGGUUGGAAGAAGAGGAAGAAUCAAUCAGUUGGUAGUGAGAUUUUGAACAGUGAUCUUUAUAGCAAAGAGCUUAGUAGCACUACAAGUAUGAGAGGAACUAUUUGUUAUGUUGCUCCGGAAUAUGGAGGAUUUAGCCAUAUUUAUGAGAAAGCUGAUAUAUACAGCUUUGGAGUUCUUGUUCUUGUUAUUGUAUCUGGAAGGAGACCUUUACAUGUUCAGGAAUCACCUAUGAAGCUUGAUAGAGCUAAUCUUAUAAGCUGGUGCAGGCAAUUAGCACUUGUGGGAGAUGUAAUGGAAAUUUUGGAUGAAAAGUUGAAAGAUUCUUGUGACAAGGAUCAGGUUCAUCUUUGUAUAAACUUGGCACUUCUGUGCUUGCAGAGAACACCGGAGUUGAGACCUGAUAGUGGGGAGAUUGUGAAGAUUCUGAAAGGCGAGAUGGAAAUUCCAGCAGUUCCAUUGGAGACUUCAAAUUCUCCUAUUAGCAGAUCAAUGAGGAGAACUAAGCAAGAUUCAGCGUAAUGUUUUGAUUCCAUCUUACUUGGUUAUUUUCUUAAGCAUUUGCAAGAGGGCAUGUGAGGUUUUUUUUAGUUCUUCAUUUACACUGUUGCAAAUUGUUCAAUUCCACCUAGGUCGUCUAAAGCUCCAAAUUUUUACUCUCCGCCGAUGUCUCCGUCGCAUAGAUCUGUUGGUAGGAAACUUAGACUAUCAACUAAGAGGUUUUGGAUUAUAAUUCUACUAAGGACGACUAACAAAACAAGUGAUAUGCAA